ACUCCUUUUAGUUUUGGCAUGAAUCAUAGGACACCACCCUACCCCGCUGGGGAUUAUUGUCUUCUAUGCAGAAGUGAACGGAAAGACUCUUCAUUAUUAGAGAGUGGCGUUAAGACUGCGAGCAAAUUGGCCCUGUCUAUGGCUCCCAAGGGGGACAGCGUGCUGCACCUGCCGCUGUGGGUGUGCCCAGACUGCCGGAGGACCGUGGAGGAGGAGGAAAGGCACGGCAGCCUUGACCAGCCGCAGGGUCAAGAUCUUCUUCUUCAUUCACCACUGGGGGGCUCCCAGCCAGAGGCCAGUGGUCCCAACAGGCUGACGUUGGGUGGGCAGACACUGACCCCUGCAGGGCUGGGCACCGUGCCCCCGGACCCUGCCUGCUCGUGUGAGGCCUGCAGCGAGCGCAGAGACAUCUCAGCAGAGACGGACCGGGAGCCACAGCAGCUGCAGAACUACUGGUCGGAAGUACGCUACAUGGUCCGAUGCAUAUAUCGCCAGGCAGGGACCCCGCUGGCAGAUGACCAGGACCAGACUUUGGUACCUGACAAGGAGGGAGUGAAGGAGCUCGUGGAUAGGCUCUGUGAGCGGGACCCCUACCAGCUGUACCAGCGGUUGGAGCAGCAAGCCCGGGAGUAUGUGUUGGAAAUGAAGGUCCGCCUGCUCCGGCACCUGUCAGCCGCUGCGAAGGCAAAGGCCACUUCCGGCCUGCAAGGCCCGCCACAAGCACAUCACUUUGUCUCCCUCCUCCUGGAGGAGUACGGGGCCCUCUGCCAGGCCGCACGCUCCAUCAGCACCUUCCUCGGCACUCUGGAAAACGAACACUUGAGAAAGUUCCAGGUGACCUGGGAACUGCAUAAUAAACAUCUGUUUGAAAAUCUGGUCUUUUCAGAGCCACUUCUCCAGAGCAGCUUGCCAGCACUGGUGUCGCAGAUCAGGCUAGGGACCACCACACACGACACCUGCAAUGAGGACACGUAUAGCGCCUUGCUGCAGAGGUACCAGCGCUCUGAGGAGGAGCUGCGCAGAGUUGCUGAGGAAUGGCUAGAGUGCCAGAAGAGGAUAGACGCCUAUGUGGGUGAGCAGAUGACAAUGAAAACUAAGCAGCGUACACUAACAGAAGAUUGGGAGAUAUUUAAGCAAAGGCGAUUUAUUGAAGAACAGUUAACUAAUAAGAAAGUGGUCCCUGGCGAGAGCAGCUUCACAGACACCGUGAGGCACGCGCUGUCAUCCCGGCUGGGCCUGCCCGACUGUCCCAACUGCAGCUACAGGAGAAGAUGUGCUUGUGAUGACUGCAGCCUGUCACACAUCCUCACUUGUGGUAUCAUGGACCCCCCGGUCACUGAUGACAUCCACAUUCACCAGCUACCACUGCAAGUGGACUCUGCUCCCGACUAUCUCUCUGAGACGCGCCCACCGAGCACGUCCUCCGCCAGCUCAGGGUCAGGCUCCAGCUCUCCCAUCACAGUUGAGCACCAUCCCAGACUCAUCCUCACAGACAAUGGCUCUGCACCAACUUUUUGUAGUGAUGAUGAAGAUGUCGCACCGUUGUCAGCAAAGUUUGCUGACAUCUACCCAUUGAGCAACUACGAUGACACUGAGGUGGUGGCCAACAUGAAUGGGGUCCACAGCGAGAUGGAUGGCGGUGGGGAAAACCUGGCCCUGAAAGAUGAGUCUCCUCAGGUAAGCAGCACUAGUAGCAGCUCUUCAGAAGCUGGUGAUGAAGAAGCAGAUGGUGAGAGUAGUGGGGAGCCCCCAGGAGCCCCAAAAGAAGAUGGAACCCUAGGAAGUGGAAGCCCCAGGGCCGAGGAGAGGAGAGGGGACACCCCGCCCCCGUCCUACCCAGCUCAGCAGGCUUUACCGCCAGCACCUGUUCAGAAUCACACAAAUAAACAUCAGGUAUUCAAUGCAUCUCUUCAAGACCAUAUUUAUCCGAGCUGUUUUGGGAAUACUCCAGAGUGGAAUAGUUCUAAGUUUAUAAGUCUUUGGGGAUCAGAAGUGAUGAAUGAUAAGAACUGGAAUCCUGGCACUUUCUUGCCAGAUACAAUUUCUGGAAGUGAUAUAUUAGGGCCAGCACUCUCAGAAGCAAGACCUGAAUCCCUUCCACCUCUACCUAGCAAUGAAGCUCCAGACAGCAAAGAGAAAAAAAAUGCUGCGAAAAAGAAGUGUUUGUACAAUUUCCAAGAUGCUUUUCUGGAAGCGAAUGAAGUGGCCAUGGCCACCUCCUCGGCCACGUCCUCCGUGUCGAGUACGGCCACCACGGUGCAGUCCAGCAGCAGCCAGUUCAAGGUGUCGUCCAGGAGGCCGCCUUCCAUAGGUGACGUCUUUCAUGGCCUCAACAAGGAGGACCACCGGCACCCUGCACCCGUUGCCCCGAGGACCAGCCCCACAGGCCUCGCCCCCCUUCCAGGCCUCACCCCCACCGCCCUUUCCCCUGCCUCUACGCCUCACCUCACCAACCUUGCAGCCCCGUCAUUCCCCAAAACUACAAGCACAGCCCCUGCAUUUGUGGAUUCACGGAAGAACUUGUGCCCCGCCCCUGUGGCCCCCCCGCCCUCCACUGGGGAUGGCCCAGUCAGCGCUCCACCCAGUGUCUGCAGUGACCCCGACUGUGAAGGACACCGCUGCGAGAACGGCCUCUUCGACCCACAGCGGGAGGACGGGGAAGAGAGUGCCGAGGAGGACAGCUGCUCCGAGCACAGCUCCAGCACCUCCACCUCCACCAACCAGAAGGAAGGCAAAUACUGUGAUUGCUGCUACUGUGAGUUCUUCGGACAUGGUGGGCCUCCAGCUGCACCAACGAGUAGAAAUUACGCAGAAAUGAGGGAAAAGCUUCGCUUACGGCUGACCAAGAGAAAAGAAGAACAACCUAAGAAAAUGGAUCAGAUCACAGAACGAGAAAGUGUUGUUGAUCACCGAAGGGUGGAGGAUUUGCUACAGUUCAUCAACAGCUCAGAGACCAAGCCAGUGAGCAGUACUCGGGCGGCCAAGCGGGCCAGGCAUAAGCAAAGAAAGCUGGAAGAAAAGGCACGCAUGGAAGCCGAGGCCCGGGCACGGGCACAUGUGCACCUCCAAGAGGAGCAGAGGCGGCGUGGGGAAGAGGAAGGAGAGGAGGAGGAGGAGGAGGAGGAGGAGGAGCAGCAGCAUUUCAAGGAGGAAUUACAGCGGCUUCAGGAGCUUCAGAAGCUAAGAGCUAUAAAGAAGAAGAAGAAGGAGAGGCCAAGUAAAGACUGUCCCAAGUUAGACAUGCUUGCUAGAAAUUUCCAGGUAGUGACAGAGUCUGUCCCUAACUCUGAAAACAUCCACAAUGGCUCACUAGAGCAAACUGAAGAACCAGAAACCUCAUCUCACUCCCCUUCCAGACAGGUGAACCACUCAGAGCCCGGUCCGGGGCCAGGAGCUGAUGGGGACCCUACAGACUCCCUGGACCCUAGAGACUCCAAGCUUCUGCUCGCCAAGGAAGUCAGUGGGAAGCAGCCUGAGCCCCUUGCUUUUCUCUUCGACAUGAUGCAUCAUCACAAAGAGGGGAACGGCAGACAGAAGCUCAAGCACACCAGUAAAGCCAGCAGCGAGCCUCCUAGGAAGCUCACAGAGCCCCCCAAAGUUAUGGAGGGGCAUCCCAAGCCUCGGACCCAGACUGAACCGAAGGCUAAGAUGUUGGAUCUGGCUCCCUUAACUGAGCAGAAGAGAGAGGAGAGGAAAAGCAACAGUAACAACAACAACAAGAAGCAGCUGAGCCACCUGAGGGAGGAGAGGUUGAACCCCGCCCCUCCCCUGAGCCACCUGAAGGAAGAGAGAUCGAACCCGGCCCCUCCCGAGUCGCCCUCUCCCAGCCAGCCUCAGCCUCAGCUGAACGGCAGGCCAACCCCAGCAGAUUCUCCUCAGCCUAAGGGCAAGAGCAAGAAAAGUAAGAAGAAGAAAGGAGACCGAGCCAGCAGUUCAAUUGAUGAUGUCUUUCUGCCUAAAGACAUUGACCUGGACAGCGUGGACAUGGACGAGACCGAGAGGGAGGUGGAGUGCUUCAAAAGGUUCUGCUUGGACUCUGCUAGACAGACCCGACAGAGGCUGUCCGUCAACUGGUCCAAUUUCAGCCUGAAGAAAGCCACCUUCGCCGCCCACUGAGGGGGACUGCCUGAGAGGGACGUGGGGAAGCAGCCGGGCUGCGCCACCCCUCGAGCCGCGCCCC